AUGGGGAUCACCCAGGCCACGAGGCUGUCACUGCUCCUCACCGUUGCUUCGGCUGUUUCCUUAGCCAUCUGCGGUGGUGUCGCCGGCCAGCAAGCUAGUGGCGUGGUGGCGACAUACAACAUGUACAAUCCGGCCCAGAUCAACUGGGACCUAAGGGCUGCCAGCACCUUCUGCGCGACGUGGGACGCCGACAUGCCGCUGUCAUGGCGGCAGCACUAUGGCUGGACCUCGUUCUGCGGCCCAGCCGGUGCCCACGGUGAGCCUUCAUGCGGCCGCUGUCUUCAGGUGACCAAUACGGCGACCGGAGCGCAAACAGUUGCGAGGGUGGUCGACCAGUGCUCCAACGGUGGCCUUGACCUGGACAUCUCCGUUUUCCAGCAGAUCGACACGGAUGGCGGUGGCAUGGCCCACGGACACCUCAUAGUGGACUAUAAGUUCGUCGACUGCCAUGACUGA